CUGCAUUCAUUCCGUGAACUAGUAUGUUUUGUAAACAACUCGCUUUAUUUGUUCGACUAGCUCGUGAUCGUGACAGUCAAGCUUUACUUAAGUUAUACUACACACAAGUAAUACUGCGUUAGACAAAAUGGAGAUAAAACAUCUCUGUUUUCUUCUGAUGUUCGUUAGUUCAGCUGUAGCAGUCAAAAAUGGAAUGAACAGGCCAAUGGCUGGGGGUCUUUUCGACCCUCCUGACAUGACAUCGGUCCCGCAAGAAGUUGUGGAGAACGCGCUGAUCAAAUUUGAAAGUACGAGAGAUCGUCUGGAAUCGAGAUAUGGUUACAGUUUGACCAAACCUUCAGUGACGCAAGUAAAAUCUCAGGUCGUGAGAGGAAUGAUGUACCAUGUUACACUCAUCGCUGGAUCAAUAACAAGCCCAAAGGACUUCAGCUCUGUCCGACCAGCCGCUGGGAAGGAUUUCAUCCAGUGUACCGUCAGAGUUUGGAGCCAGCCUAUGAUGAAUUCUGAGAGGCGCCUAUCUGUCGAAGCCCAAGAACUCAGUAUCACGGAUGAUUGUCAAGCAGCAGAUAUGACAAAAUACAUGGAUGCAUAUCGCGAUCAGUUUGACAAGUUCCUGAUGAAAUUCAAGAGAGGAUACAGAAAGAAUGAUGGCACAAAUGAAUAUGAAUACCGAUUCUUGGUGUUUGUGCAGAAUAUGUUGACUGUGGAGAUGUUGAAUCAGUUUGAGAAAGGAACGGCAAAGUAUGGUCCAACUAAGUUUGCUGAUAUGACAGAGGCUGAGUUCCACAGUAUCCAGUCUGGCCCUCUGAAGACCACAGGGAUCACCAAGCAGGCAGCCAUUCCUCAGGGUCCGGUACCCCAGGAGUAUGACUGGAGGGACCAUGGUGCAGUCACUCCGGUCAAGAACCAAGGCCAGUGUGGAUCUUGCUGGGCAUUCUCUGCCAUUGGUAACAUUGAAGGGCAGUGGCAGAUCAAGAAAGGACAGCUGAUAUCAUUGUCAGAGCAAGAGCUUGUUGACUGCGACAAGGUUGAUUUAGGAUGUGAAGGAGGGGAGAUGAGAGAUGCUUAUGAAGCUCUCAUCAAACUAGGAGGAGUUAUGACAGAAGAAGCAUACCCAUACCGUGGAGAAAAUGAGAAAUGCAAGUUCAACGUGUCUAAAGUUGAAGUGAAGAUUAACGGCUAUGUGAAUAUCUCCAAGAAUGAAACAGAGAUGGCCGGAUGGCUAGCAGCACAUGGACCUAUCUCCAUCGGUAUCAAUGCCCUGAUGAUGCAGUUCUACUUUGGAGGAAUCGCACAUCCUUGGAAGAUCUUCUGCAAUCCCGAUACCUUGGAUCACGGUGUUCUCAUCGUUGGAUAUGCUGUCAAAGAUGGAGAACCUUAUUGGAUUGUAAAGAAUAGUUGGGGAGAAGAUUGGGGCGAAAAGGGAUAUUAUCUUGUUUACCGUGGUGACGGAACAUGUGGGCUGAAUCUGGAUAAUACCUCUUGCAUUGUGGACUAGAGCUCGUACUGGAUAUUGGAAUUUCCAUGAUGUGAAAUACAUUCCUAUCAUGCACUUUUAAUUGUUAGACAAUUCGUCGCACGCACCACGAACCGUCCUCUCUGUUACGAUGCCCACUGUGGCGUAAAUAAUUCACUUCAAGAAAAUGU